AUGAGCUCCGAAAUGGACACUUUCGCCGCUCGCCUGGCCAGCUUCGAUCUAGUGUUGAAGCCUGAGAAACGCAGAUCUUCCGGCGCAAAAACACCAAAGGCGAUUACCUGGCCGCAUCAACGGCCUUCACCAGCUGAGUUGGCGCACGCGGGAUUCUUUUACAAACCCUACGAGACGAACCCUGACAACACAACAUGUUUCGAAUGUCACAGGGCGCUAGAUGGCUGGGAGGAGGAAGAUAAUCCCAUCACCGAACAUCUCAAGCAUGCGCCUGACUGUGGGUGGGCUAUUAUGAUGGACAUUCAGCAAAACAGUUCCAAUCCCUCGUCUAUUGAGGAUCCCACAAACGAGCGUAUCACGCAAGCACGAACGUCGACAUUCGGGUCAACCUGGCCCCAUGACGGCAAGCGAGGCUGGGUCUGCCAGUCGGAGAAGAUGGUUGAGGGUGGAUGGUAUUUCUGUCCAACAGAGGAGAGCAACGACCUGGCCAGUUGCGCUUAUUGCAAGCUGUCUCUGGACGGAUGGGAGCCCAAGGAUGAUCCUUUUGAGGAACACUACCGCCGCUCCUCUGAUUGUUCAUUCUUCGUGUUCGCUCAGCCCCCAGGAAAGAAAGGCAAAGGACGUGCUAAGAAACCUCGCGUUUCUAAGUCAUCCUCUCGGCUUUCAACGCAAUCAGUUGGCACAGUUGCCUCCGAAACACCCGAGAUAGACAUAGACGACUCAAUGGACCAGAGCAUGAUGUCCCAAUCCACCACGAAAUCGAAGUCUACAAAGAAAGCAAUUAAGAGCAAGGCCAAGGGAGCUAAAAGCAAGAAAGAAGAACCAGCGGAGGUCGAAUUAGAAGACGAAAGUGCAGAUGUUGCCGAACCAGAGCCUGUCAAGGCCAAACGUACCGGCCGGGGAAAGAAGAGGGCCAGUGAGGAUAUCACUAAGGAAGAACGUGAGCCAAUUGCCUCGGAGGAACCAGAACAGACACAUUCGGUUGAAGAGCCCCCUGCCAAGAGACGGGCAACGAGAACACGAAGCAGCAGCAUUUCUCGCAACUACAACUAUGAACGCAGUGACUCAGCGAUGCCAGAUGCAGACACAGUGGACGAUAGCGCGUCGGAGGAAGAAACCAAGCGAGGCCGCAAACCCACCAAGAAAAGAGCUUCUAAGGCCCGCAAGGUCUCUGAUGUCUCUAUUACAUCCAAGCCUGCGUUUAAGGCUCGUGCUCCUCGGGACUCGGAGAUUGAAGCAGAAAUUGAAGCAGGCCUCGAUGCUGAUCCCGAGCCUCUCCAGGCCCAACCAGAACCAGAGCCUGAACGGGAGUCUGAGCCUGAGCAGCCACAUGCCUUUACGAAGGCCAAAUCAACCAAAUCGUUCAAAUCGCCCGAGUCCACCUCACAGGAUCAAAUAGACGAUGCUACUGAUUACGAUCAUGUUGAACCUCAGACUGAAGCAGCCCCCACUGAAGUAUCUGAGCCGCCCGCUCCCAAGACCAAGGCGGCUAAAGGAUCCAAGAAGAAGGGAACGAAGAAGGCUAAGGUUGAAGAGCCAAAAGCAGAGUCACCAGAACCCCGGAAAUCUUUGGAGCCUAUCGUUGCCGAUGAUAGUCAUGAGUCGGAACGCCAUGAAUCUUCUAUCUCUGUGGAAAUCGUCAGCAAAGAGCGCGAACUUUCACCCAAACUUGAAGAAUCUGUUGUUAAGCCGAAGAAGAAAGCCCCCAAGAAGAAAGAUGUAUCAGCACCCAAAGAGAAGAAGUCCAAGAAAGCUGAAAAGAAAGAGCCAACUCCACCUCCCGAAUCCCCAAUCGCUGAGCCUGAUGUCGAGCCAUAUGUUGAUGAAUUGGAUGAUGGAUUUGAGACAGCAGAUGAUUUGCCUGAUGAACUUGAACUAGUUCAACCCCCUCAAGAGCCUUCACCACAGCAGCAACGAUCGCAUCGGGCAACAUCAAACUUGCCACCCAAGACUGCCAAAAGAUAUAGUGAUAUCCCUCAGGAGGAACAUCUCGCAGAAACUAUCGCUCAUUCUUCCCCUCAUGAUACGCUGCGCAACUCUCAACGAUCUAACCGUGCAGUCUCUCCACUUCCAUCGACUCACCGGAGCACGCCCUCAAUGUCUCCGCAGUCAUCAGAUGCAGAGAACCGGCCACCAUCGUCACGGCCUUCGGCAUCUCGUCUACUUGAUCAAUCAACACCUAAGGAGCCCAAGUUCCAGGCCGCUCUCACAGCGAGUACACCAUCACCAUCUAAGAUUAAUGCGAAUGCUGGAUUUGGGCCCUCAGGUCACCCGUGGACUCCGAUUGAUAUUGACGAAGCUCUGUUCGGUGACAACAGUGACAAGGAGAAUGCCGACCUGGCUAGCCUGUUCAAGGGCGUCAAGGGCGGACUGACCAGCCCGGAGAAAAAGAUGACGGUCCAGGAAUGGAUCGCAUGGAAUGCAAAGAAUGGUGAAGAACGACUGAAAAGAGAAUGUGAGCGACUUGUCGGCCAAUUUGAGAGGGAAGGUGACCGAGCCAUGCAACGGAUAGAAGCGAUCGAGUGCAUCGACUAA